GAACAUUAUGACAUUUGCUGUAUUCUUGGAGCUGGAACGGGAAUCGAGCAAAGAAUAAUUUGUUAAACUCAAUUGGAGAACGUCUUUGGAGCGUUGUACUUCAUUUGUUAUGCGAUUCACAAGCCAAAACAAAUCAAAACUCGUUUUUAGCCCACGGCUGUGCAAGACUCACUUAUCUGGAGACCAUUUUCGAGCUGAACAAACAGUCGCGAGGCACCUGAAGGCAGAGGCACUUCGCUCACUGAUGAAGAUUUCGUAAGGCCUUCAGUUGAAAGUUUUGGCAAAUGUGCGGGCUGGUCGGACGCCAUGUUUCGGAAUGUGCUGUGUCUGGCGCUGGGCCUCAUUGUGGGCAUGCAGCUGACCGAGCUGUGGGACUAUUGGACGCUUACGGGUGAGGAAUAUGAGAGCACAGCUAUUGCGGCUGACACAGCCGCGCCCAUACACACGGCCCUAGCGAGAGCAUCGCUGGCGGACUGGCUUUAUCAUGAGACACGUGUGCUGUGCCUGGUGCUGACCAUGCCAGCUCACCACAAGACGAAGGCGGCAAAGGUCAUGUCCACAUGGGGCGCACGCUGCAACAAGCUGAUCUUUAUGAGCAGCCAAGAUGACGACGUGUUGGGCGCUGUGAAUCUUAAUGUGUCGGAAAGUCGCGACAAUCUGUACGCCAAGAUGCGCGCGGGCUUUGCCUAUGCUUAUGAGCAUCACGUGGAGGAUUAUGACUGGUUUCUCAAGGCGGAUGACGACACCUAUGUGGUAAUGGAGAAUCUGCGACUCUUUCUCUAUCCCUUCGACCCGGAGGCACCUGUCUUCUUCGGGCAUCGAUUUCGCACUUCUUAUCCGCAUGGCUAUAUGUCGGGCGGUGCUGGCUAUGUGCUGAGUCGCGAUGCAUUGCGUCGAUUAAACCUGUUCGCUCUGAACAAUACCAAAUUCUGUCCACUAAAUACCAAUGCAGAGGAUAGGCAAAUUGGUUAUUGCCUGCUGAAUGUGGGCGUGGCAGCUGGCGAUUCCAGGGACGAGCGAGGACGUGAGAGAUUUCUGCCACUUCAUCCCAGGCACUUGAUGCCCCAAAUACAAAAGGGCACUUGGCUGGAUACCUACUCUUACUUCAAGCCCAAUUUGAGCGAUUGCUGCUCCGAUUCGGCCAUUAGCUUCCAUUAUACCAAAAUGCAUGAGUACGAUAGGUAUGAGUUCUUCCUGUAUCAUCUUCGAGUCCAUGGGCUGCCAGAAAAGCUGAGUGUUCUGCCAGCGCGCCUAACCUAUAAGCAGAUGGAGGAAAAGAUCGACUUCUGGAAUCAACAAAUCUCUGACAAGACUACGCCACUCGACUGAGAACUAGCAUCCAUAGUUGAGUUAGGAAUUUGUAUGCAUAUCAAUACUUUAAAGUAUGAUUAAGUAAUUGCAUGCUGCAAAUAUUAGAAGUAAGAAUGUUGCAGUCGAAUGCGCACGACUGCACGCUACUCGUUCACAGGAGAAACUGCCUAACCAUACAGCUGAAAGCUCUAUCAAUAGAUGAGCUGAUUCCUUAUGGUUAUUUUCGCUUGACAAUUGGGCAAUAUCAAGAUUGGAUCUGUAGUAACGUAACUGCUAAGCAUUGGGUCUUUGUUAGACGAGCACUGCACAAAAAGAAUAUACCCUCUCAAUUUUGUGAGCGAGUAUAAGAACUUGGUCUGGUCAAGGUCGGAUGAAAACAUUUACACCGAUAUUAUAUAUCUAUAUUUUAUAUAUUCACAGAUCAGAGUUACUAA